AUGUAUGCUGACAGCAACACAUCUAUUCAAGAUAAACCCAACACAACAACAAGUCCUCCUCUGCAUUAUCACUUUCCAGACAAUUUUCUCCCCAGUGCAGUUUUCCAUCAGUUAGUGGUGAGGUGUAUAUCUGUAUUGCAAAGUCAGUCAAAACAGCCAAAUCCAGAAUUAUCCAAACAUGCAGCACAGUAUUAUUUGAAUGCCUCAACUAUCAUUACUCUAAAGAAGAAAGAAUCUGACAUAGUCCUGACAGUGACAUUUGAACAUCUUGAUGAUGAUGAUGAUGACGAUGAUGGAAGUCCCGUUUGUGGUCCAAAAAUCAGAAAAUCUAUAGAUGAUAACCUAAACAAAAUCAUCAAGGAAUACAGGCCUGGUUUAUCAUAUCAGCACAGUUUAAAGUGUCCCUGUGGUAAACAUUAUUCAUCAAAUAUUAAAGAAGAUGAUGGAUGUGUUCUUAUUGGUUCAUCAAAAGACGUGGAGUGUGGUUGUGAUGUAAAACGCCUAUGCAAAAAAAAGAAACCAUGGAAAUAUCCUGACUUAUCAUUCUGGUUUGACUCAACUGACCCAAAUCACUUACACAAUACACCUGCUGUCUGUGCCAUCAAGUCAGUGUCUUCAACUCAAUUGACUAUCCAAUGGAAGAAACAUACAUCAGAAGUUAAACUUCAGCGUCAGAUGGCAGAUAAGACUGAAUGGGUUGAGGUUCCACAUAAUGGAGGCAAUAGUGCUGAGGAUGAAGGGCUCAAUCCAGAUACUAGAUAUUACUAUAGAAUAAAAGCUGAUGGGAAAACAAGUUAUGCUGUUUUAGGUGUGACAAAAGAUCACUCACACAAUACACCUGCUAUCUGUGCCAUCAAGUCAGUGUCUGCAACACAAUUGACUAUCCAAUGGAAGAAACAUACAUCAGAAGUUAAACUUCAGUGCCGGAUGGUAGGGGAGACUGAAUGGCGUGAGGUUCCACUUAAUGGCGACAAUAGUGCUGAGGAUGAAGGUCUCAAACCAGAUACAAGAUAUUACUACAGAAUAAAAGCUGAUGGGAAAAAAAGUUAUGCUGUUUCAGGUGUACCAAAAG